AUGAGCAAUUUGCAAAAAGCUCCUUUUGUCAAGGAGCUCGCCUCCAGCGACAGGCGCACACGCGACAAGGCAACCGAAUCCCUAACCCUCUUCCUCCGCUCCAGAACCGAUCUCACCCUCCUCGACCUCCUCAAGCUCUGGAAAGGCCUCUUCUUCUGCUUCUACCACUCCGACCGUCCCCUCACACAACAAGCCCUAGCCCGCAACCUCUCCUACACGCUGGUCCCGACUCUCCCGCGGGAAACACUCCACCGCUUCCUGCGCGCAUUCUGGAUCACCAUUGGCAGGGACUUCCACUCGCUGGACCGCCUACGACUCGAUAAAUAUCUCUACCUGAUCCGCUGCUACGUAGGCGUCGCAUUUGAGAUCUUCCUCAAGGGGAACAAGCAGCAGCAGUCCGCACACACCAACGGCGCCAGCAAAAAGCGCAAGCGCGAACAAGAGGCCGCAGCGGGGAAGAAGAAGCGCUCGAAAGCAGACAAGGAGGACGAUGCCCGUGCUGAAGAUGAUGCGGAAAAGGGACAGGAUGGCGAGAGCGACUGGGCCGAGCUCGAGUCGUAUAUCACCAUCAUCGAGGAAGGGCCUCUGUGUCCGCUCAAUUUCGACCCGGAUCAGCCCCCUGCCGAUGAGAAGAACCCGAACUACGUGCCUAUGCCCCAUGGCCCGGAUGGGCUCCGCUACCACCUGCUGGAUAUUUGGAUUGAUGAGAUAGAAAAGGUGCUUGAGUUCGAGGAAGGGGAGGCACAAGAUGGGUCUUCGCGGAAAGUCAAGGGUCAGGUUCCCAUGGAUCUCCUACUACGCCCUAUUGAGAAGCUGCGCAAGGAGAGCCCCUUCAAGCCUGUGAGAACAAGAGCGGCAGAAACCUUAAACGACGACCGAUUGGUUCUGUGGGGAUUCAAGACUAGGGAAGUUGAGGAGGAGGAUGACGAUGAUAGUGAGCAGGAAUGGGGUGGUUUCGCCGACGACUAA